UGUGCUUUUUAAGGUGCCGCCUUGUGCUUUCACUUUCAUUCUGUUGUCUUUGUAGCUUGUGCCGUUUUUGUUUUUUAACUGGAAGUAUUAGAGUAUUAUCAUGCACCUAUCGCUUAAUCAAGCGUGCAGACCCAUAUAUGGCUUCCAGUAACUUUGCCGAAGUUGCAAGGGCAGGGUGGAUUUCUGUUUAAGGUAUGCGUUAAAGUGAUACUUCCCCAGAAGCGGUUUUAAUGGUGCGUCAUCUUUCCUGUUCAUACUUCAAAUUCCUCUUCAGCUUGUUACUCUGUUGACCGAUUUCGACGGUAUGAGUGUUGUUAAAGAUCUUCUUCUACAAAAGUCAAUGGCUCUUCAGGACCAACAUCAGGCCAUUAAUCAAACAGCAGAGGCUCUGAGCAGCUGUGAACGCAGGAGGAUCUUCUACCUGUGUGAAAUCUUGGACACAGACACCAGUGUGGCAUGUAUGAAGGACAUGCUGAAAUCUAAAGUGACGUGCCACGAGAGGGGACAUCUGUUUCUGACAGAGCUGAUGCUGCAAUUGAGACGUUUUGAUAUCCUGAGGAAGGUGUAUAACACCAGCAGGGAUGAGGUGGAGCAGGCUCUGAUACACAGAAAGGUUCUGCCACGAUUCAGAGUAUUAAUGGCUAAUUUAAAUGAGGAUAUGGCCAAUGAAGAUCUGAACAGUGUGAAAUUCUUGUUGAGCAGCACGUUGCCCCGUGAGAAAAUGGAAAAAGUGCAGAGUUUCCUGGAUGUGAUCAUUGAACUUGAGAAGCUGGAUAUAGUUUCACCUGAAAGAGUCGACUUUGUAGAACAAUGUUUUAGAAACAUUGGCAGAGUCGACCUCGCCAAAAAAGUGACUGCAUACAAGAUGUCAGUAACAUCUGAAGGGCAUUCAUCUCUGCAGCAAAGACACAGAUAUCCAUUCCCCAAUCCAAAUGGUUCCCAUUCUCUACAGCAAACGAGUCAGGCAUGCCCCUUCCACAAUGCCACAGAAAACCUUCCGGUGCUUGUACCCACAGAGCAGAACCUUCAGAGUCAACUAGAUUGGUACAAAUUGAACAGUAAUCCCAGAGGAGUUUGUGUUAUCAUAGACUGCGUGGGUAAUGACGGAGACAUGUUGGAACAGACAUUCAAGGCUCUUCACUUCAACGUGUUCCUCUACAAAUGGCUGUGUGUGGAUGAAAUCAUCUCAGUUCUCAAAGAGCUAUUCAGAAAGAGAGAGAACCAUGAAGGCGACGGCUUUGUCUGCUGCAUCAUUAGCCGCGGUAUGGCAAACCAUCUCCUGGGUACAGACUCGUACGGCGCAGGUCUAUAUCUGGACAAUGUCAGACGUCUUUUCACUGCUGACGCAUGCCCCAUGCUGGCGGGAAAGCCCAAACUCUUCUUCAUCCAGAGGUACAGCGUCCCCAAGUUUCCGCCCCGUGCCAGGAUGGAGCACCGGGAUGAGGAUCUAGAGACAGAUGGCGGUUUUGGACUGUCCAGAUGUGAUUUCAUCCCUACAGAUGCCGAUGUGUUCUGGAGUCACUGCUGGACAGAUGAACGUCAACUGGAGCAAGGGCACCAUCGCUCCACUUACCUGAAGGCUCUGACAGACGCUUUGCACAAAGGUCAAAGGAGGAAAACACAUCUUGUUGAUGUUCAUACGGAGGUGAACGGGGCCAUUUUUGAACACAACGAGAGGAAUCCUGGAGCACAAUACAACAUUGAUCUGAAACAUACUUUGAGGAAAGAUCUUUACUUAUAAUAGAGGAUUAAUCACCAUCACUAAUCCCUCAAAACUGGCAGCCACAUAUUUAUACAGCAUUCAUUGCCUGAGAUGAACCUUUUUUUUUACUGUGUAUACAGUGACACCUGCUGGUUGUAGUAACUUACAACACUAACACUUUUUGGGGUUUUGAUGUGUAUUUAUUUCAUGUUUAACAGUUUCAUAACAUGCAUACAAAUAUACAGGCAGGACUAAACAAUAAUGACAACAAUAACUCAAGAGCCUCACAAUAGAUGCAAAUGUCUAUUCAUGCAAGACAAAAUGAAGAGUAAUAAAAAACACAAUAAGACAAUGUUUUAAUCAUACACAACUAGAAUGUAAUCAAAUGUAACUGCUUUUGUUGUUUUGAAACAUUAAUGUGAAAUGCCUUUUUCUUGCCUCAUACAAUGCAGCUGAAACUGUAGUGCUUGUAUUGAAUUAUUUUAACUAUACAUUUGUUUAACCUGUGUAUGUAAUUGUGAAAAAAUAACUAUUACUACUAUGACUGAAGUUAUAUAUAUGUUGUACUUUUAAUAUCUUUUUAUACUUUGUAUUGCAUAUUUUAACGUUAUGCAUUAUCUAGGCGUGUGCAGUAGAACAUACUUCAACGGACAUUGUCUUUCACUUUAUGCACUUGCAUGUCCUUUUCAGGACUUUCAUUUCAACUGACAGUUAUUGCUCAAUUCACCACCUUCACUUUGUCUGACAUUUCAACUCCUUGAUUGAUAAUUAUAUCCAUACAAUACAAAAUAUUGUUUGAGCUCAGUGA